GGUUGUCAACAACAAUGCACGAAGACUGCUAAAACAAGACUACGAAAGUGGUCUUAAUAUCGAACCAGGUUUAAGUAGGUUGCCUAUGGUUAGGGACAACGUUUUUGGUGUCAAAAUGGAGUCGAAAAAAGAGGUAUUCUCUGGCUCAAAGACUGCAAAACGAGUGGCUGCUGUUAGUAGGGGAAUCACGAGUUUAUCAAAACCUGGCACUGGCUUUGGUUUACCAGCGAUAUCACCAACUCGAGGAAUCAUCCAAGGAAGCAGGAUUAUAACGAUGGAGAGUAGAAAGGUAAGCCGUCGAAGAGCAAGAAAACCGAAUCAAAAAGAAUACGAUGACCUACUACAAGCCUUCAACCAGACCAAAGUUGAGAUACAUGAUUUGCAGAAUCAAAACAUUCGACUUCAAACUUUGGUUCUUGAGAGUAAAAAUGAGCUGGCUCUAAGGACGCAGCAAUAUAAGGAAUUGUACGAAAGGUAUGAAAUGCUUUCUCAUUUGGAAAAAUGGGGCGAAGUUAUAAGGAAUAAGGACAGAGAAAUACAGCGUUUGCAAGAUGAGAUAAAAAAGAUGUCUACCGAUCGAAACGAGGCGUUGAACGAGAAGGUAUCUGCUGAGGAAAUGAUAAACGGGUUGAAAUCGAAGCUGAGGGGGAAGAAGCGGGAAAUAAAUGAUAUGAAAGCAGCGGAGAAAGUCAUUAAUAAAGCAAAAGUACUUAGUGAGACUGAAACACUACGGAAUGAGAGGGAUAUUGCUCUGGGAAGGCUGAGUCAAAGAGAUACUUUGAUAGAAGAACUAAGACAGCGAAUAAGAUCCAUUGAACAAGAAUUAUACCAAAGGAAACUUUCGAUACAGGAGCUACAGAGAAGGACAUCUGUAAAAGAGAAACAGGUGGACGACUUGAGAAGAUCGAGUGUUAUCUCUAAAUUUCGAUACGGAGCGCUUGCAAAUCACUGAGAAGAAUAAUGUGGGUUGUGUAAGGACUUCACUCAUAGUUGUGAAUCCUUAGACGGGAAGAAACAGUGAAGGGAAAGGGGCUCAAUUAAGGGCAGGGCAGGGUAGGGCAAGGCAUCCUUCAACAUUUCGUCUCUCCCUUCCUUCUCAUGCACCCUUCCUCGAUAGAAAAGGAAAAAUCUUUCGAGAAGACAAGAUGUUAAUUAAUUAGAUAUCCCUGAAGUGAAAAAGAAUGAAGAAGAGGUCAAGGAAAGAUCCUAUUAAAGCACGAGGAACAGCUGGUCAAAAUACUGAAUUUCAACGAACUAAAAACUUCGAUGUUGGACGAAUAUAAUGGAUCUAUAUCGAUAAAACGGUACACCAGGCGUUCCUCGAACUCAUUUAGAUCAAUAUACGAAAUCCUUUGCUAUUAUCUCCUGAUUUUUGAAAAUCUUCAACAACAAAAAAAAAACUGAUACAGUGUGUCAAUUUUCUCACUCUUUGCGCUUUUACAUACUUUCCGUGGACUUCAGCCUAUGCUUUUGGUUGAUUUUCAACCAAUUUAAAAACAUUAGAAAAUAUAACAAUUAUUUAUAAUUCAUGAAAAAAAGUUCAUUUUUAGCCAUUUUGAAGCMAAAGACAUCGCUAAACGCCACAUUUUUCAUCGAUUCUCAACCAUUUUCACCCCUUUUGAAAAAACAUGCAUUAUCUUUCAAUUUCAAGAAAUCAAAUUUAGUCAUUUUUAGCCAUUUCUGGACAAAAACCAUGGACAAUAGCCCAUGGUUUUGAUCGAUUUUGGGCCAUUUUCA